ACUAGAGAGCAGAGUGACUCUUCUUCUUCUUCACCUUCUUCUUCAUCAUCUUCUUCUCGUUCCAGCUUCAAUGGCGUGAGAAACUCCAAACUACAAAGAGUUUAAUUUAUACUCUACACCGUGCAACGUAACAACCAUAUCUGAACCUUUAGCACUUGCAUGCUUCGUCAAACUUCGCUCAGGAAAAGAUCAAAACCCAAAUGUUAAUGCAAAUGCAAUCUGAAUUCCCUUCAACUUAAGACACCACCUUUGAUCGUUCAUCAAUCACUCAAACGGUUUAUCUCUAGUGAGAUUCUCUUAUUUUAGCCUCUCUUAAACGAGUUAUUGCGUUUCCGAUUAUUUUUCUUCUUCUGAUUCUGGGGUUCUAGCGUCUUCUCUUUUUCCUCCUCCUUCAGUUGUUUGUAUUUGUUGGUGUCUGAAAGCGUCGUCGUUGUUGUAAUGGGGAAAAAGACAGUGAAGGAUGAUGCUGGAGAGCUAGAAAUGUUGCUGAAUGAGAUCCCUCUUGCAACAUCAAACAAUCUCAUUCAUCAUUACCGUCAUGCUGGUGAUGAUGAGCAUGAUCACGAUCAUGGUCAUGGUGUCAUGGGUUAUGAUGUUGAUUAUGAUGACACUUUUGCUCAGAUUAAGUAUCGAUGUGCUUCAUCAUCCCCUGUUAGUGGUUUAUCUCUUCAAUCUGAUGGUUCUUCCUCAAGCUUUUUCUCCGUUGUUGGAUCACCAACACCACCUCCAUUGGAGGACCUUACAUCCACCAUGCCUUGCCCUAACCCUAACACCAUCUGGUUGGAUUCGAAGGCACCUGAUUCAGCUGUGGCUAUGAGGAAGAAGGGCAGUGAUAUUGAUGAACUAGGCCUAUGUGCCAAUUUGAGUAAAAUGUAUAUUGGAAAUCAACAAGAGAAUCCUAAUGGCCUUGCAUUUCCUGAUUAUUAUUCUUUGAGUGGAGGAAACAAUUCUGUGAAUGUUCACGGAGAGCAUGGGGAUCGUUAUGAUUUUAGGAGAGGGUUACUUCGAUUUCAAUGGCCUGUUAGUGAUGGAUCUCAUUGUGCUGCUGAAACAAAAACAGCAUUGUUAGGAUUAAACCAGGAUUGUAACAUUGCUAACUUAUUUGGAUCACAACAGUGUCCUAGGUGGCAUGGCAAUAUGAUUCCUCAAUCGAAUGGUUCUCAUGGUUCGAUGGGCUCUCCAAGGCAUGUGAGGCAGAUGAGAAAUGGGAACUGUGGCAGAGGAAGUAUGGAAGCAGAGCUUGCUGCUUCUUUAAGCAGAAAUCCAAUGGUUGAUGAUUUGUUCUAUGCACGAAAUUAUGGAACUAAUAUAAUGGAGGAAAGGGGCAUGCCAAGAGCACCUGAUUCUCCCCUAUGUACUAAUUUAAGUCCUUAUAGAAGUGUUAGUGGGUCAUUGCAUUAUAACCCUCCUAUGUCUAAUGUAAGAGCUGUGCCACUUACAAAUGCUAGAUUAGCACAUGGAAGUUUAGAUACUAUUAUUAGUGAGGGAAGCUUCAUCAUUCAAGGUGAAGGUUCUAACUAUGUUGCUAGUAGGGGUUUGAAUCGGUCAAGAUGUCAGGGUGCUGUGCGUGAAAGUAAUUUCACCAAACAUCUACAGAGGUCGGAGCUAGAGAUUCAGUGCCAUGGUUUAGGAACUUAUGAGACUCCUAGGAGUCAUGGGAUUCAUGGUCCAUUCUCUUUGGAAUCCAAGUAUAAUUCCCUAGCAGAAGUUCGAGGGUACAUAUAUUUAAUUGCCAAAGAUCAACAUGGUUGUAGAUUCUUGCAAAGAGUGUUUGAAGAGGGUUUGGCAGAAGAUGUUCAAGUGAUAUUUAACGAGAUUGUUGAUCAUGUAGCUGAACUUAUGAUGAAUUCUUUUGGAAAUUACCUCAUGCAGAAGUUAUUGGAUGUCUGUAACGAAGAACAAAGGAUGCAGAUCAUACUCAAGGUUACUAUGGAGCCGGGGCAGCUUGUCAGAAUCUCAUUGAACACUCAUGGCACUCGUGUUGUACAGAAGCUGAUUGAGACUCUCAAAACUAGAAGGCAAAUUUCUUUGGUUGUAUCUGCCCUUGAACCGGGAUUCUUGGCUCUCAUCAAAGAUCUUAAUGGAAACCAUGUUGUUCAGCAUUGUUUGCAAUUCCUUAGCAAUGAAGAUAACAAGUUUAUAUUUGUCGCCGCUGCAAAGUACUGUGUUGACAUUGCAACUCAUCAACACGGAUGUUGUGUUUUACAAAGAUGCAUUGGUCAUUCAAAUGGGGAGCAUAGAGAGAAACUAAUUGCAGAAAUAUCUGCAAACGCUCUUCUUCUAGCGCAACAUCAAUACGGAAACUACGUCGUACAAUUUAUCUUGGACUUAAGGACUCCAUCUGCGACAUCAACCAUGAACAUGCAAUUCGAAGGUAAUUAUGUGUACAUGUCAAUGCAGAAGUUCAGUAGCCAUGUGGUUGAAAAAUGUCUUGCUGUAUUCAAUGAUGAGAAUCGGGCUAGAAUCAUUUGCGAACUGCUCUGCGCGCCUUGCUUCGAACAGUUACUUCAAGAUCCUCACGCCAAUUAUGUCAUUCAGUCAGCUCUGCGUUAUUCCGAGGGCUAUGUGCAUAAUUUACUAGUUGAAGCAGUUGAGUCCUACAAAGCAAUUUCAAGAAAUAGCCCAUAUUCCAAGAAGAUUUUCUCACAGAAGCUUUUGAAGAAAUGAUGUAUAUUCUCUCCUUAGCAGCAAGUGUUAUCUGUUGUCCUACAUUUUGAAAGAAAGAAAGAAAGAAGAUCAAUGUAGUUAUCAAUCUAUCUAUAUAUAUAUACUCAUCUAAUCUAAUAUCUUCAAAAUAUAAGGUAGUUUUGUUCUCAUUUGAAUAUUAGACAUGUACCAUUUUGUUGACCAGAUUCUGAACUACUAUUUGGAUAUUAUUAUCAUCCUGUUAAUUAUGGUAUUCUCAUUGACUGAGAAUGUAAAGUACUAAAGU